UAGUAAUAUUUGAAUUAAUUAAGCAACGUUGAGAACUGCUGCCGAAGGGAUUAACGUUAUCGGAAAUCACUUCUUUGUUUUGACGCACCUUUGAUUUUGAUUUUUGUCACCUAAUCAGUGCAUGAUUUGAACUCAGAUUGAACGGCCGAACUUUUUGCAAUUGGUGAAAGCAAUGAAGGUGGCCGUCGUAAAAGAUAGUAUUUCCCAAGAGGACCUGCAACUACUACAGCAGAGAAAUGCAGUUUUGGAAGCACACAUCACCGAAUGUGGAAGUGUCCAAACGGCAUGCUCCGAGAACCUUGACACGAUGCGCACCAACUUGAACGCCCUGCAAGACCUGGUGGUCAAGUGUAGAGCAGUGCUUUCGAUUCACGCAACUCCCGCGUCUGCCCAAUCAACGCCACCCAUAAGCCCGGCCAAGGAAACAUCCUAUCCGCCGCCGCCGCUGCUGGACAGCGGCAGCGGUUUUGCUGCAUCACACCAGACCAGCCACGCUGCCCUGAAAAGUGAAAUUGAGCUGCUGAAAGCCCAGUUGGAUAUCUACAAGAGCGAUUUUGCCGCAGAACGAAUUGCGCGUCUAGCUUUGUUGGCGGAAAAGAAUCGGCUGGCCAGCGAGUUGCAACAGCUUCAGCAGCAGAACCGAACUCUGAUCGCCGAUGCACUGAAUGGUCAAGCAGAACAAUUGACGUACAGUCGAAGGUGCAGCCGAAUGUCACAGGAAAGCGAGGGAGUGACGAUGUCAGCAGCAUCUAUUACUAAUGAAAUACCCCAACAGCACUCGAUAGUGGACGGACGAGAAGAAAGUUAUCUAGCGGAACGGAAAGCCUCCUACUGCCAACACUGCAACGGUGUCUUCGGCGACAUCCAGUCCCUGGAGACGCACAUAGACGAGUGUCCGGCGUAUUGAUGCGUGAUGGAUAGUUUAUCGGUUGUAAUUAAUUGAGAUUAAAUUUGUAUAUUAGGAUACGGAAAUGGUAAUUUUCAUUUGAAACUAUGCCCUUUUUAUUGACACUGUUCAACCACAAUAUACAGAAACAUGAACUUGAUCUUGAUUAACCACCCGUUGAAACCGAUUAGAUAAAUGUUUGACUAACAGACUACGUCUAACAGGCAUCUUCAAUGUGUAAGUGCCUGAAGAUCUUUAUUUUUCGGCAGGAACGGCGUCUGCUACGCCAAAUGGUGAUCAAUAUGGAAAAGUAUGAUAAAAUGUCGGACAAUCCCAUUGAAAACACUCCAUUGCAGAAAGUAUAUCUCAUUACGAUUGCACGACUCAAUACAUUUGUCAGAGUGUUGGUUAUAGCUGCCUGGCACUGGUGCACGUGGGUUCAUAGGCAUAACUUGGCACAGCAGUUUUGAUAUGAAUAUGUUAAACAUGAAGGAUACUCACCCCGCCCAAGUGACCAUUCAGUCUUCAUGUGAUUUUCCAACAUGGCUCACUGUCAUCAUAUGCACACUCGAAGGCCAGCAGGAUAUGCAAAUGGGAAGUUCGGACCCUGUUCGAAGAAGAUACAAAAGACACACAGAAAGUUUCCAUUAGUUACUCGACUUUAGAUAUAUCUUUUUUGCUUUUUUAUUUGCAUUUUUUUUCCGUUUUUUGUUUCUUGUUUUUGCCAUGCGUUCACAAUGUUUUGUUUUUUUCUUUCCAUUUUUUGUUUUAUACGUCAGUUUUGCGUAAUUAGCCUUACAAUGUUUCAUUUAUCUUUUACUUUUACUUGGUUACAUUAGAGAUUUUCGUUUAAAUUACACUGUUUAUUGAUUUUUGUUUUUUUUUUUCGUUGAUUUUUUGUUCCUUUUUUCAUUUUUUUGUUUGUUUUUUCUUUCAUUUUUUGUUAUUUUUUUAUUGUAGUUUCCUUGCUGUUCCAGUAUUUGUAGUUGUAUGUGUGUGUGUAUGUGUAGUGUGUGGUGUAUUAGCUUUUUCUUGUUUGUUUUACUUUUGUCUGAAUAUAUACGGGACAAAAAUCAGAAGCGUUUCGUUACAUGUUUAAAAUGAUUCUUUUUCUUUGUUUGCUUUCACAUUUCUUGUUCUUCUUUUUUUGUUUAUUU